AUGUUUAGUUUCGCUCUCAGGCAUAAAACCGAUCGCGGCAGAGACAGCAUGAGUGGACUCGAGGCCGCUCAAGUCCCCUCGACGCAAGUCAUCAUAAACAGGCCACAUAGGGUUCACACUCUACUCGGCCUGGUCAAAGACAACCCGACGUACCGGAAUGCAUUCUUCCCGCCGAAUGGAGUCACGGAACUUCGAGGUGCCGAGCGCCACGCCGCUGUCCUCGCGCUCUGCGUCGACUCCCUCGAGGGGUCUGACGCCGAGUGGUUCGAGGACAUGGAGGUGCGAGGCCUGAUCGAGAGAGACGGGAACUCUCAAUGGGAGCCGACGCCUUUGUGGGAGUCAAGCAAAUACAGCAGCACAGCGCCGCCAAGCCGAUGUCUCAAGAGUAUCCGAGUAAAGUAUUGGCGGUACAUCGAAGAGAAGGGAGUCAAGGAGAGCUGGAACAGCUGGGCCGAUGUGAGGUGGAACGAUAAAGCUCUUCAUGACGAUAUGCAGGCCAAGUUUCCCCACUUCUUCGACGUGAAACGCCUGUACCAGAUGUCCCGGGCGGACUUGGCGCUCAGACCACCUGCCCCCGUCCACGCUCAUCCUCCGCCUUCAUUUACCCAUGCGGCCGGCUUAUCGGCGACCCGUAUCCACGCCUCACCCUCAUUAGCUGCGACAUCGUCGGAUAGUACCGGAAACCCAGCGUCGCCGCCUAGCGUUGGUCUCGCGCGGCGCGGACGCAAGCGGGCGGACGAUUUCUUCGAUGCGGGAACCUCCGCUCCAGCCAGCGAUAUCCUUCCCAAGAAGCCCCGCAUACUACCAAAGUUCAAUCAGAUCCCAAAUGCUGCCAUCCAGCCCGAUUCUGUGAACACACCCAGCCUUCUUUCGGCGAAGUCGAGCGGGUCUACCGGUUCUCCGGGAUUUCCUCUCACACCUCUGUCGGACCUCGAGCCCUCUGACUCGGAUCGAUCAGAGCUACACCGCGACGACAAGGGCUCCGACGUCACCUGGACCAGGCAACGGAGGAGCAAGUUCUCUCUUUCCGAUCAGACUCGGGCCGAACUCUCCUCGUUGACCACUCCCAGGCCCCAUGUCGCUUCGCUCGGCGCGACUACCGUGCGUCAAGCGCAGGGUACCCUCACAAUUGGCGAGACGGCGCAUCACAUACCAGCUAUCGACUGGUCAAAUCCACUGUACACCACCAUCAUCCUCAGAGCGCUGCACAGCGAUGCGCACACGCGAUCAGCGGUCCUUCCGGCACUUCACACCUCUCCGCAGAACUGGGGCGGCAAAGAAAGCUGGAAGCUUGUGCGCAACCUCUGCGUCGAUAUCUGGGCGGCGGAGCCGGGGCACGUAUUCUUAAAGCGGGCGGAGCGGUGGAAAUGGGCGGGAGAGAAGAGCGGGACCCAUACGGGCUGGAGGGCGACGGUCAAGUGGCCCAAGGAGGUCGAUUAUGGGUUUGAGAAAAGGUUGAACGAGUACGUGUUUUCUUCUUACCCCGGCAAAAUACCCGCGGAUUGGAACAGAUUGGCCGAUCUAUGGCCUAGAGGAGAGCUGGACCUAGAAAUUGGCGGUAGUGCUGGAUCUGGCGAAGAUCCUUCGUGGACCACUAUGCUCACUGGCUUGUUUGGGCCAUCCCAGCGAGCCUUGGUCCCAUCCCCUAUCGGCCUGCCUAUGAUGGCUGUGACCAGCAGCGCAAGUUCCACGCCGGCUGAAUUCAUCUGCCGUAGGACCGCGACCAAGCCAUCGUCCAGCAAUCUCGACCACACCAGGUACACCAUGCACCAGUCCCGGUAUGAGGCGACGACACACCAUCUUCCUAGCUCUGCUGCUGCCAAUCAUAGUGCUGCCGGUCCUUGGUCCGCGCCCCAACUCACCACUCCGGUGACUCGGCCAGUCUCGUCCAUCCCGCCAGGAACGAUCAAUCAAGGCCAGAUCCUCUCUGAUCUCACACCACUAGAUAUGGGUUAUGCUCUACCCGUCCCACCCCUUUCUCCCCCUCCACCUCCCCGAUCGCCUCCUCGCCGUCCGUCAUCAGACGGUAUCGCUCGGCCUAGAAUUCGGCGGGGCGAGUACCUCGAUAUGAUGAAGCUCGCCACAAGUCCAUAUCUGGUCCUAGGGGACUUGCCAUCGAGGUGGCGGAGGGCGUUUGAGAGCGCGCGGGAUCGACGGGAAGAGGACGAGAUCAUGGAGCUGGGACGUGCGGAGAUCUUCAUGCAUGGUCUGAGGGGAUGUAUCAGAACUGCCGCCUUUCAUCGCACCUACCACAAAGCCGCGUUCGACACCGGCCAGAUCCCCGAUCGGGACAUCGUGGGUCUGCUGGCAGACGUGAUCAUCGAGACUGGCGGGAAACGUCUGAGCCGAGACCACCUCGAGAAUUACAUCGACUACAGAUCGUCCCUUAAUCCUCGAGACCACCGCUUCCGUAUCCACCUCUUCGGAGAUCGAGAGUUAUCCGUUCAGGCUCAGGUGUCUUAUGGUACGACGCAUCUGCACGAUGUAGGCUUGAUGGAGUACCUCCAUCCGCUUCUUGCGCAUCAGCACUUAGUGUCCUCUUCUUGGGUCCCUGAUGGUCAGACAGGGCGUGCCCCACACCUUUGGCUGAACUAUCAAGCUGCUGUCCCAAAUCGAGCAGGAUCUACCCAGGGCUUUGCGCCUCAUUCCUCAUCUGAGAUCUCGGAAGCAAACGAAGUGCCGCCAGAUGAGUCAACCUUCUGGCCGUUUGCUGGCCACAACGCUCAACGGUUGUGGCUGAAACACGAGACGGACAAUGACGCCAAAGCUGUGACCAGGAACGAGGGGGUCCUUUCGACCUACCGUGCUCUGAUUUCCAAAGCGACUAUGAAGUCUCUAGCUCUGAUCAAGUCCAGCUGGACGGAGGAUAAGGAUCAGACAUUGCUGUCCCUUUUGAAGGAUAAUCUCGACUAUCUGCAACUCGCCUUCCCAUCCACCCGCCAGGAUACAUUGCGAGGGCCCGAGCGCGAUGAGACGGUGCUCCGUCUCUGCAUAGAGCUCUUCGAGAAGGAGGACCUUAGCUGGAUAGAGGACAUGGAGCUUCGAGGUUUGAUCAAGCGGGACCGGCGGGGGAAGUGGAGGCCCACAUCAAGGUGGAGGGCCUGCAAGUACAGCAGUGGCGCGCCACCCAUCGGCCGUAUCAAACGGUUGAAGGCAAAACAUCUACACUAUAGUCAGCAGGAGGGAAUGAACGAACGCUGGAUCGAUUGUACAGGGAAAUUGAAAGCUGCCAUCCCAUACUACUUCACCAUCUCUCGACUUAUCCGAUUGUCAGAAGAAGUGAUCUCAUCCACGUCCUCCCAAGGCAAUCACAGCUCUCGAUCACUCGCCAAAUCGAGGUCAUCUGCGGUAUCUACCCGCUCAGCUGGAGGCGCUACGGUCGGGGAGGCAGCGUCGUCCGAGCCUGCCUCCGCAAGAAGCCGCUCGCAGAAGCGGCGCAUCGACACCUCUUCGCAACACGAUAGCGGAAACAUCCCCGCAAAGGCCCGCGCGCUGCUGAACUCCACAACAAGCCAAACAUCGGAGCAGCGGCCUAUUGCAGGCCGUCCGGUGCUCGCCUCUGGCCAGUCUAAUGAGUGCCCUGCAUCACCGGAAUCCCCAUAUACGCCUCUCGCCGAUCUACCCGUCUUCUCGUCGCCGCGGCCCAAUCCGCUUGGAAAAGGGACUCACAAUCCCGGCUUCUCAGCGGAUAUCCACCGGGACAAGAAGCGAAAGACCAUGCCAUUCAUGCCGCAGGUCCGCACGCCGCCACCAACCCCCCACCCCACCUCCCCUUCUAGCCACACGGCCCCUCCCUCUGUACAAGGUGUCGAGCACAUCCCGCCUCCCAUCUCAAAUACCAGCUACACCGCCUCUCAUCAGACGCGGCAGCGGGCCAGCUUGACGGUCGAGAUUCCUGCUCGGCGCCCUCGCCCAGGAGAUGUCGGCGUUCCACGCCACCCCGCUCCCACUCCCCAAUCUUCAGAGCACGACGAAGUGCCGGCAAUCGGUGCAAGCGUACCGGACGUAUCUUGUACGCUCGACGCGCAUGCUCCGUCCCUUAAAGUCAUCGACUGGACAGAGCCCCGUUACAUCUCCGCUCUUGUUGCUUCACUCCACAUCCAUCCCCGCACUCGUGCAAUCCUACUUCCGGAUCGUCGUCCCCCUGUAGAGGGGGUCACGUCGAAGGAUGAGUGGAAACUCCUGCGCAACCUCUACGUUGACAUCAUGGCAGCCGAGCCAGGGCAAGCAUGGCUGAAUCUGGCGAGGACCUGGAAAUGGGCAGGGCCAAAGAAGGAUGCGAGCUCAGGCUGGAAGGCAACGGUGCUGUGGCCAAAGGAGGCAGAGUACGGCUUUGUCGAGCGGCUUAAAGAACUGGAGGACUUGUGGCAUAGCGGAGAGCUGGAGUUGAACGACGGGCAUGUGAGCGGCUCGAAGGAAGAAGGACCGUCAUGGUCGGACAUGCUCGCAGGGUUGUUCGGGCCUUCUCGCCGAGCGUCUCAUCCGAGCAACCCCCCUCCCUCCCCUUCCCUCGCUUUCUCCAGCAGCGCAAGCUCCCCGUCCGCACCCUCGCCCCUCAUCGGGACUGGCAUGAUACCUCCCGCUCCGAUCCUCCAGGAUGCUCAGCCGGUACAAGCCCUCCCAACAGACGCCCCUUUUGCAACCCCAGUCUCGAUCAAGUGGCGGUCGGAUACCUGGCGGAGGCCACCGCCGUCCAGCUUCAAGGAGUUCGACGACCUCCCCGGUACCGCUACUGGAUCGGAGCAGACCGCUCCUGCAGCGUCGGUCGACGUUCCCCGGCCAAUCGACGUCCCGGGCGAUGAUGACAAUCCCAUCUUCCGGCCUAGGACCCUCACUCGGAAGAAGCGUUUCCCUCUUCCACCUCGACCCCCAACUCGAGAAUCUCCUCCUCCCCCGCCUCGAACUAUACGUCGGGCUUCACCGCCACGCGACACUCCUCAGGCUCGGCCACCCCUUCUGCGCCAUGAGUGCCUCGAGAUGAUGGAGCUCGCCAGCAACCCGUAUCUGCUGGUUGAGGAUCUACCACAUAGAUGGCAGAAAGGCUUCGAGAAGGCGUACGAUCAGAAAGAGCUGCUGGCUUUCGGCGGUGCGGAGCUGUACAUGCGCGGUCUUAUGGAAUUAGUCAAGCUGAGGCGAGAAUUGAAGGUUUAUCGCACCUACCACAAGGUCGCUUUCGAUACCGAGCUCCUCCCAAGUCAAUACAUUGUCAAUCUGCUGUGCGAUACCCUACUCAUCACGGGCGGGCAAAGAUUGCCGCCCAUCGAGAUCGACGACUGGGUCGAUCCCCGCAGGCCGCUCCAACACCCUCCGCGAGAUCACCGAUUCCGUAUCCACCUAUUCGGCGAUGAGCACUACCCUCUCGAGACACAGGUACUGGCGGGGACUACUCGUGUACACGAUGUAGGGCUGCUGGAGUAUCUGUCUCUUCUGCAGCUCGGUGGUAUCCUCUCGAGCCCAGGUACCCACAUGGUUAUGAAAACUGUUGAAGAUCCCGCAGAUCGGGGCAGAUUAUUAGGUUCAGCUUCCCCGCCCGAGUGUCUAGUCGCAAGCGCUCGGCUGCUUAGCGGAUUCUCACUCUCACUGAUGCUCCUUGUCAUUGCUCAACUCCCACAGCAUAGCCGACCAGGAUGCCGCCGUCUCGCUCAAUACCAAAGAGCGCCAGCGGUCCGAUCAAGCGCCAAGCGAGCACCAGUAUUACGUGGGUCAAAGGCCCCGACACAUCACCCUAUAUCCCAAGAGCACCAUGCUGAUGUACUUAGAUGGACGAAGGAGAAAGUCAGAGCUCUCUUACGGAUCAUCAACACCAACCCCGCCUACCGUACCCUCUUCUUCUCCCAGAGCCCUUAUCAUCGAACGGGAGAUGCGAUUUUCGCCAUAUCGAUCCAGCUGUUCCUGUUGCACGAUCCGGAAUGGAUCGAGGACAUGGCGCAGAAGGGAUGCAUCAGGCCGGGUGGGCUGCUGGGUUGGGAGCGCACAGAUCAGUGGAAACCCGCCUGUCCGGUUGCUAAUCAGCUGCAAUUAUUGAGGGCAAAGUACAAGACGUGGACAGCACGAGGCUUAAAAGAGGAAUGGAAGGAUUGGGAGGAAGUGGAGCGAGAGGAUAAGACCCUACAUGAUGAGGCCAAAGUCACUUUCCCCUUCUUCUUCAUUAUCCGGAAUAUGUACAAGCUUUCCGAGCGAAGCCAGAGGCGACUCGACGAGGAUCUCCACGAGGAUGUCGCUCUCGCCCUCGGUGGCCGUCCCCCAAAAUCUCCCGCCAAGGUUACUACUACCUCCGCACCCAGCACUUCUGUCCCCUCAGACCCCCCCCAUGCGCCAAUCAUCCUCAGGCUUCGACGUAAGCGGCCCGUCGAGGCGGAGAAAGAAGAAGAGCCGGACUUUGAGGUCUUGGACGCGAUGCCACCUCAUCUCGAGGCCUGCUUCAAGGUGCGGCGUACAUCGCGUACAGCGGGUUCCUCGACCUUGAUACCGUCCAAAUCACAGCUUGGCAGCCCUCUCGACGCGCCGGCCGAACUCUCGCGGUCGCUCACUCCUCCGAUCGACGUCCACUUUCAGACGGUCGAGACCAGCUCUGCCCCUAGCUCAGCCGGUAGAGCACUCACCCGGAUCGCAUCAGCCGCAGCCGCUCCACAUGCUACCGAUGCACCUCGUUCAGCCACAUCUCACGAGCUCGAUCGACCGACCAAAGUCGAGACAGGUGACGCCCAUCCCCACCAAGAGACCACCGUUUCGCAGGCACUCUCGACCUCGGAGACGUCGGCGGGACAAUCCUCGCUAUCGACAUCGUCUAUCAUUACCGCGAUCUCUCAUUCGCCCGCCCUCUUUACCACGGCGACUGCUCCGCCAACCGGCUGCGAUACCGUACCUAGGUCUGCAGAUCUGCACAUCACCGCCGAGCAGACAAGCUCGAAAGUUCUUACGCGCCGCCCCAACUCAGGUCAUACUGCAGCUUUCGGCCUAAAGACCAUCGAAUGGACCAAAGCUCGGUACACCGUUAUCCUCCUCCAGACCCUGUGCAGUCAUCCAGAGGCCAGGUCUGCACUCCUUCCCCUUCCCAGCUCGUCAAUCGACCCUCCACUACUCGCCGAUCCAGCAAGACCGAGGUGGAAGGUCUUGCGAGACCUGUAUAUCGCGGUCAUCAGUCGAGAGCCAGGAGAAGUUUGGCUGGAAGAGGCGAAGAAGAUUGGAUGGACGGUCGAGAUUCUGACCAAGAAGGGCGUCAUGGCGUGGAAAGCCACUUUGAAAUGGCCGAGCACUGCCGAGUAUGACUUCGAAGAGAGGCUGCAAGCGUUGUCCGCGGCUUGGCUGGAAGGACAUUUUGAAGCUACGUUUCCAGCUCUUCUUCUUCUGUCAGAUGCUUCAGCUUGCCUCUCCAUGAUUAUUCGCCUGUUCGGUCCACCCGGAAAGCCCACCAUCCGGACUGGCAAGACCGACAUGGCCAGCCAGACGACGUCGUCCGCUGCAGUCGAUCUGGCCGAGCCGCUCCUGCCGCGCCCAUUAUCCGCCUCGCACUCCUUCUCACCUCCUUCAUCAGUCUUGCCUCGCUCGGCACCUAUACAUGAUCACCAAGCCCACCUCGUGGCACCGAGACCGCCGAGCGGCGUCGCCGGUGUCCGUUCGGCGCCGUGCGUUCCGAAAGAGCUGAAGAUCCUGGGUGCCUAUGCUCGUAACACCAUCCGAAGCAUACCCCAGCCAGCACCAUCUCCCGCUCCUCUUACAACUCCUCUCCGCUAUCAGGCCGAAGAUCGCCGACCCAAUCCCGUCCAGAACCACGUAUCAAGCCGGUAUCAUCUCCCGGCCAAACCCGACUUCUCAAGGUCGACCGCGCUGUCCUGCGAACUUUACGCUAUUGCUCAGGACAGAUACUUGGCCACUAUACGACUAGCCACAAGCGCGUCGUUUACAAGCUCGGAUCUUCCUGGUAUCUGGCGGGACCGGUACCGAGCUUGUCGCAUCGCGUUCGAGAAGGAGGAGAUUAUGAAGCUGGGUAGGGCGGAAGUAUACAUGGAGGGCUUGGCUCAGCUGGUCUACUUACGCGGGAGAUCCACCCACACUCUCGACCGGGUAUCCUUCAACGCCACCACGAUCCCAUCGGAGCACGUGAUACAUGUUCUUGACGAGCUCAUCAGCAUGACUGGCGGGCAAAAAGUCGACAGGUCAGACCUGGCAUCACCGUCUAUGUCUGGAACCGUACCCCGCCACCCCCAAAACCGACCGCUUAGAUGGGAGGUACACCUCUUCCCCGAUAGACGGUCCAAGUAUGGUUCGUCGCGCUGGGAUUUUCCAGUAUCUCGACCACCUGGCAGAGGCGUUUGCGCGGCCAUAAUAGGUGAAACCGCCGGAUCUGGGUGCUUGAGGCGGGCGGUGAUGGCCUUAUAUCUGGCGGUGGUGGUCUGGGGAAGAGUAUUCGGCACCAUGCCACCCAAAAGAUUGGUUGUGAUAAGGUGGUCGAACGAGAGCACUCAAGAUAUGCUCGACAUCAUCGCUGCCGACAAGCUUCUCCUCCAAGCCUUAUUCCCGCAAGGUACCGCUCAGCUGCCCAAAUUCACGGCAUCGAGGGACGUCUGCAUCAAGUUGUUCGGUCGGUCCGCGAGGGAGGAAGUGUGGUUGAAAGAGCAGGUAAAGGUGAUGCCUGGGAGUUUGGAGAAGGUGGAUGGAGUCUGGAGAGCAGGGCCCGGGUGGAAAAGCUUUCAUGAUCCUGUUCAGUCACGCUUGGACUAUCUGCGCAAGGCGUACGGGAAGGCGGAGAAAGAGCACAAGAUCCUUCCAGGGUGGACAGCAUGGAAAGAUAUCGUGUCCAGCACAACUCGCAAGCUGUUAAGAGCCAACGUCCCUUGGUUCUUCGCCUAUCGACGCCUUCUUACUACCUCUUCGAGUAAUAUCCCUGAACUUCCUCCACAAUCCUCAUCGCCACACAGGCACGAUGCGCCAGAAGCCAAGCAUCCUCCCUCUUUCGCCAUCAACAAGCGGAAGAUGGAGACUCUGAACAUCGACCCGGACUCCAGCGGGUACGAGACCGAUCGAGAGGCCAGUGAAGCACCUAUCCUGGCCUCGGCCGACGACGUGAAGUCGGUGCUGGAUCUAUCGUUCACCGAAGACAGCAGGCGCAAGCGGAGCCGAGAGCCGUCGGACGGGCCGCCAGCGGCCAAAAGGAAGCGCUCUGUGCUGGGCGGGGUCAAAGCGGAAACCUACGUGGCUCGUCCAUCGCUAAGGAGAGCGUCAAGCCGGGAUAUGCCCGGAAACUCAAACGGGGGACAAUCGUCGAAACAGCCAAUCGUGGUGUCGGACAGCAGCGACCUGGAAGCCAUCCAGGACACCAGCGAGGAGGACACCAGCGACGAUAGCGGGGACGAGGAUCGAGGCGUCGGAAGCCACUUCGUGUCUCUGCGCGGGAAUUCAGUCUCCGUGACUUCGGACGAGCUCGGCUCGGACGACGAGGAGAGCAGGGCUCCCGACAACGCCAGCCUCUCCGCUGGGCCGCCAAUGCAUGCGCCAGCGGCAGAGGGCGCGCGGAGUCAACUGGACCCAGCUGCAGUGGCCAGACAGCAGAGAAUCUACCGGAUCGCCCUGUCCGACCUGCGCAGAUAUCGACAGCUCCCGCUGCCCACUAUCCCCGACCAAUCGGGGCUCACCAAGAAUUGCAAGGCUACUCGCAUCCUCUACUGUCACUACGUGCUAGCCAAAAACGGGUUCGCAUCAAACCUUCUCGCUGGUCAAGCAAUCAAACAACCUAAACACAAUCGUAAGGUACCGGGAGGUGAUAUCGGCAGUAGCGUUGAAGGUCGAUUGAAGAUGGUGAGACAAGUUGUGCAAGCUGUUUCAGGUCAUGUGAUAUCGAGAGGGAUCUGCCCACCUAGGCACAGACCAUGGAGGCUGACGAAAGGCGGAGGGAGUCGACUCAUUCUGAUCAGUGUUCGGAGUCGAAUGAGCACGAUACAGGACUUCACCGCGGAGUUCGAUCGGCUGUUCCUGGCUGAGUAUGGGGAUGAUGUGGAAGACAUUAUCUCCAAAUUGAGACAGUAG